UUCUCGGAUAUAAGCAUAGGGUUUGGCGGUAGCCAUCAUCAGACACUCUCCAGUUCUGCACAACACAAGUCAACAUGCGUGCUAUCAUCUUCGUUACCCUCCUCGCCCUCGCGGCCGCCAGGCCCGACAAGCCCUCAGACAGCGACGAAGUCACCAUCGUUCGUGACGACCGCGUGUACCCCAGCGCCAGCGGCGAGUACAGCCUCGACUUCGAGACCAGCGACGGAACCCACAUCUCCGAGUCUGGUGAUGGCACUGGCCCCGAUGGCGCCGUCGAGACCCAGGGAACCGUCCGCUUCGUCCACCCCGACGGUGAGAGCUUCGAGCUGAAAUACGUCGCCAACGCCGAGGGAGGAUACCAGCCCGAGUCCGAUGCCCUGCCCGUGGCCCCUGAAUUCCCCCACGAGAUCCCCCAGUUCGUCCUCGACCAGAUCGCCAAGGCUGCUCGUGAAGACGCUGAGCGCGAUGACAGCGAAGAAGAGCAGAGAGGAUACGAUUAAGCCAUCAAAGCCUUCAUUCUUCAAACAAGAUAUUCGGUCUCUUUCCUAAAAAUACGUUAGGCAUGCCAUCAGUAAGCAUGACUCGAGAUAUUUAUUUAUUUAUUUAUUUCGGAAUAAAAUCAGUAAGCAAU